AUGAGUGUAGACUACAUUCUGGAGCUCCCUUUUGUGGGAGAUCCCGGCUCCGUUAUAUGGGUCAAUGGGUUCCCUGGAAGUGGGAACUUGACAGUAGCCAGAGAACUGGCUCGCAUCUAUAUGUCAAGCAUCCUAAUCGAGAACCACAAACUGAUAGAUCCAGUCGAGACAAAUUUCCCUCAAAAUUAUCCUCAAUACCAAAUAGCGCGAGAACGCCGACGAGAAUGGGCGUUUGAGCACUUUGUCUCUGAACCUACUCGAGUAUUCGAGACAGUAAUAUCCAUAGACUUACGUUGGCCUUUCAUACCUGUAUAUCUAUCAUGCGACGUUGACGACUAUAUUAUAAGAGCUACUAGUACCGAACGCACUAAAAAAAAAAAAAAAAAAAAAAAAUUGGCACGCCCUGACUCAAUAAGAGCUUUCAGAACAAGGUGCAAACUUUUUCAGUUUGGGGAUCCAUUGAAAAGGUUUACAUCGAUGCAACAAGCUUGA